AUGGAUAAAGAAAUGUCGAUUGCUCAAAUAAUAAACGUUAGGAAAAAAGCUAAAACUGCUCUUGGACAAAAGCGAUCUUCUCUCAAGAUUGAAAGCUAAACUACUCAAAAUAUACUUGCUCUCAAUUCCACUUAGCAAUUUAAGAAUAUUAAAGAUUAAGGAGAAUUUAUAAUGAUAAAAGAGCAAACUUUAAACAAUAACACUAUUAAAAUUGAGGAAUCAUUUAAUAACGAUGACCAUGAUUACUACUAUGUUUCAUCUAAGUAUAAGUCAGAAAUAGGAAAUAAAUAUUCUAAAAGUAACAAUGAGAAUGAAGACGAACUAUAGACUCAUGCAUCAGAAUUCACAAUUUAAUCAGCAUACUUAAACAAACGAUAUUCUGCAAUAAAGUCAACACAAAAUAAAGCUAGAGUCUCUGAUAAUUCAAAUGCUCUCACUUUUUCAACAAUAAUGAAGCCUAGCAAUAUAAGUAACUCAUUCUCAGUCAUGAAUCAUUAUAAGUCAAAGGAUAAUAGACUUACCGAUUCUUUAAAACAAAUAACGAAAAGAAAAUUGAACUAAGUAAAAAUUAGCAGAAGUGGUUUGAAACCACCCAGAAUAUAAUAAUUAGAUAGCUAUUCUACUGAGAAUCUUAACUUUACAUUGAUAACAAAACCAAUCAGGCAAAGUUCUAAAGACUUAGACAUGUUUAUGGAGGCGUUCGAAAACGUUGAGAAGAAGGAGAACGAGAAUUUUAUUUUGAGAUACCUUAACAAUAUUUCUAGCAUAAAGGAUCGCAAAGAGCUAGUGAUGAGACAAAAUGAAAAAGGAAUGAGUUGCACAUUCUAUGCAGUAAUACAUAAUAAGCUUUAGCUUGUUAAGUUACUCUCAAAAAAUGGUUUUGAUAUUAGAUAGAGGGACGCUAAAAACAAGACAAUGUCUCUGUUGAUAAGGAGACAAUCUAAGGAUAUCUAAAUGCAAUAUUAAUAAAGUCCAAGGCUUCCGAACAAGCAAUAAUUAUUUGAAAGUUUUGCUAGACGUUUCUCAGAAUAUUCAUAUUUGGAGGAUGCUAUCUAGAUGCUAAAGGAAUUUAUCGAAUAUAAAAGAUUAGAGGUUUUUGAAAUUCUUGUUAUGAAGUAUCAAGCUAAUCCCUUCUUACUAGAUUAUAUAAAUCUAAGUCUGCUCGACUAUGUUGUUCCAGGGGAUUUCAAAUCAAUAAAUACAAUCAUCUCAAUCUGCUACAAUUAUCUAAGAGAUUUUUAAAAUUAUUAAAAAUCUAAUAACACUGCAAUUAAAGACGAGCAACUAAGACAGUCUUUAUAAAAUCAAGGAAUUAAUGUUUAAAACUAAUUAUAAAUUGACCUAAAUAGUAUAAUGGUUAAAAAGAAUCUUGCUCUUAUUAGCAACGAGCAUCUUUAAAAAUUUAUUAUCAACAAUGGAUAGGACAAUGCAUUAACAGUAGGAAAUAUGGGAGUAUUUAAAUUCUUGCUAAACAAAGGUGUGAGUGUAUUAGCAGCUAAUGAUGAUGGCAAGACUGCAGUUCAUGCAGCUAUAGAAAUCUAGAAGAUUCAAUAUCUAGCCUAUUUAUUCGAAGCAGACACUGUCGACUUAACUGAUUACUCUGGAAUUAUGGAAUAUGCCUAGUAAUAAGGUAUUAACAAGAAUUACUUUGCAAACCUUUCAAAUAAACAAUACAUCUGGCAUAGCUUCUAAGCACUUGACCUUAAAUUGAAAUCCAAUGACUAUCUGCCUUUUCACUCGGCUAUACAUACUUCCAAUCACGUGAUCCUUAGAUAUAUGACCAAAGUUUACAAGUUGAGAGACUUCAUUAGAUAUCAGUGUUAGAAAGGAUAAUUUGUAAGAAAAUCCUAGCUUACUUUUAAGCAAGUCAAGGAAAUAGUUGCAACCAAAGAUAAACUCUCACCACUAUUACUUGCUGCUUAGCUUGAUCAAUUUCCAACGUUAAUGUAUCUAUGGAGUGAAUUGAUGUGCGAUUUGGCAGCAAUCUCAGCCUCUAAGAAUAAUGUGAUGCACAUUGCUAUAAAUAACAAUAACUUAGAUUUAAUACACAGGCUAGCUAUUGCUGAUUCUGAUCAUAAUGCAUUAAGAACAUAGAAAAAUAAUAAAGGCAAGACUCCAUUAGAUAUUAUGCAAAGUCAUUAGGAAGACAUUGUUUUGACAAUUUGGGAUAGAGUAAGGCAAGGUAACUUGCAGAAAGUAAGAGAGUAUAUUCUGUAACCAAAAGAUCCCUAAAGAAGAUACCAUAUCAAUCAGCAGACUUAAACAAAUGGGAAUACUCCGCUUCAUAUUGCACUGCAAUGCUAGUAAAAUCUUAUGAUUAAGAUAGUAUUGCAAUUGGGAGGGGAUCCAUUGAUUAAGAAUAACUAGGGUAAAAGUUGCAUUGAUCAAGCAAUAGAAUUAAGGUGCUCUGAUCAUGUUAUGAUGCUCCUAAAAGAAAAAUUAGUUUAAUAGAGAAUUAGUGUGGUCGAUUAACAAGAACGAUAUGAUGAUGUAGUUGCCAAUAAUCAAUGA